GCGAAGUCAUGGAGGCGAAAGAGAAGCCCGAAUGAUAAGCUGAAGCAGGUUGAUGGCCGCAAGCAUCGAGGACUGCUCGCCGGAUGAAAAUGCAUCGCUUGGAACUUGAGGUGAUCAGAGAAAGCGUGCUAGGUGGAGGUCAUCAUUGGGAGCACGAGCGAGAAGGUCAGAACACGCAUCAGAGGUCGUCGCUCGUCGGACGGAAUUCUAUAUACUCAACGCUCAGCGCGACUAGCGAGACUUGAAAAGCACUCGUCGGACGGGGACACACACAGUAGUCAUUGAGAGCGAGGGGGAAAGGGGACCUGA